AUGUACCGAGUCGGGCUUCUAGCUGCAUUGCUUUUGAGCGCCAACUGCCAAUAUGCGCAGUCCGGUGGAUUUGGCGGAGCGCCUCAAUAUGGGGGAGGGCCUCAAUAUGGCGGAGCACCCCAAGUAGCACCUCAAUCAUACGGCGGCGGCGGCGGCGGUGGCUAUGCGACUGCCCCUCAAGCACCUCCACCUCCUCCACCACCUCCACCACCUCCUCCACCAAUGCCAAUGGCUCCUCAAGGAUACUCGGCCCCUCAGGCCCCACCUCCACCAAGCUACGCUCCACCAGCUCCUCAGGCGCCUCCACCGCCUCCACCACCACCGCCACCACCAAUGGCCCCUCCUCCUAGUUACGCUCCACCAGCUCCUCAGGCGCCUCCACCACCUCCACCACCUCCACCACCUCCACCUCCUCCACCACCAAUGGCUCCUCAAGAAUACUCGGCCCCUCAGGCCCCACCUCCUCCUAGCUACGCUCCACCAGCUCCUCAAGCCCCUCCACCACCUCCUCCACCUCCACCACCUCCUCCUCCUCCACCACCACCACCACCACCACAGGCUCCUCCUCCAAGCUACGCUCCACCAGCUCCCCAGGCGCCUCCUCCACCUCCACCUCCACCUCCACCACCUCCACCGGCCUACUCUCCACCUGCUCCUCAGGCUCCUCCUCCACCCCCACCACCGCCUCCUCCUCCACCACCAGCAGCGCCCGCUCCAGCCCCUGCCCAGAACUCCUAUGGAGAUGAGCCCGUUGCUCCACAAUCCACAUCCGGUGGAUACCGUCACAAACAUCGCAAAGUCUUCCGUCACAAGCACAGAAAGGUGGCCAAGAAGGUGUUCCGUCACAAGGCUCGCAAAGUGGUGCGCAAGGUCGCCCGACGCGCUCGUAUC